AUGACCACUCGUCGACACGUCCACUUCAACUUCAAAGCCAAAUCAUGGACUUCACCUGAGCCCGCCUCUACAGAAGCCAUUGAUCGGUUUCACCAGAGUCUCCCCAACUAUGAGCCAACUCCUCUUGUCAGUCUGGACAGCCUGGCUAAGGAGAUCGGGGUCGGAGCUAUCCAUGUCAAAGAUGAGACGAACCGCUUCGGUCUUCCAGCGUUCAAGAUCUUGGGUGCUUCUUGGGGCGCAUUCCGCUCCAUAGCCGAGAAGCUUGGGUUACCUCUUGACUCAGAAAUUGAUACUGUCCGAGAAGCGGCAAAGGCUCAUCAAUUGACCUUGUACGCAGCCACAGAAGGGAAUCAUGGACGUGCAGUGGCGCGGAUGGGUGCGAUCUUCGAUAUCUCAGCUGAGAUUCAUGUCCCGGCGUCUAUGCAUCAUUCUACGGUCAAAUUGAUUGAGUCUGAAGGUGCAAAGGUUGUUGUAUCAAAGGGUAAAUAUGAAGAUGCGACGCUUGAGGCCGAGUCUGCGUCCAAGCAUGAGCAGGGGAUCCUGGUUCAGGAUCAUGCAUUCGGUGACUACCAAACUGUUCCACAGGCAAGCAAUAUUUCCCGACCAAUGACCACCUCAAAUUCUAACGUGUGGCAGUGGAUUGUCGAUGGCUAUGGUACCAUGAUGCGAGAGGUUGACAAGCAGCUCGGUUCUACCAAAGCUGACUUGGUCAUCGCUCCUGUCGGAGUCGGAUCAUUUGCCCAAGCUGUCGUCUCUCAUUUCAAGAGACAGGGUACAGUCACCUCCACGUUGGCAGUUGAGCCUGACACUGCGGCGUGUUUGUGGAAGAGUCUGGAGAAGGGCGAAUUCACUGAGAUCCCAACGACCGGCACCAUCAUGGCUGGUCUCAAUUGCGGAGCCCCUUCUACAAUCGCAUGGGACUUGUUGAAGAACGGCGUUAAUGCAAGCUUGACCGUAUCAGACUAUGAGGCUCACCAGUCCGCCCUGUAUCUGCAAUCUCAAGGCAUCAACGCUGGGCCCUGUGGAGGAUCGACUCUUGCUGCGUUGAAACGGCUUACACUGGACGACAAGAAGGCCCUUGGACUCAAUGAGAAGUCCACCGUAGUCAUCUUUUGCACAGAGCGAAACCGAGACUAUGAUAUACCCCACGACGUUUCUGGCAAUGACCCAGUUGCACUUACUCAGACCCUUGUUCAGAUCAACUCAGCCAGUCCCGACUUGGGUUCUGUUCCCGGACCUGGCGAGACCAUCAUCGCUCGCUAUGUCGCUGCAUGGCUCGAACAUAGGGACCUUGAGACUCAUUGGGUGGAAUUCGAAAAGGGUCGGCCCUCUGUCGUUGGCGUUGUUCGUGGCUCUGGCGGCGGUAAGAGUAUCAUGUUCAAUGGGCACAUCGACACGGUGACUAUCAUGGGCUACGACGAUGAUCCGUUAAGCGGCAAGAUUGUAGAUGGGUGCCUUUAUGGUCGGGGAUCCGCUGACAUGAAGGGAGGCGUCGCAGCAGGCAUGAUCGCGCUUGCCAAUGCCAAGAAGCUUGGCCUUCGUGGUGAUGUGAUCUUCACUGGUGUUGCCGAUGAGGAGAGCUUGAGUAAGGGAACAGAAGACAUCCUUCGCGCUGGAUGGAGAGCAGAUGCCGCUGUUGUAUCGGAGCCAACGAACCUCGAGAUCAGUCACACGCACAAGGGAUACUGUCACAUUGAGAUCAAGAUCCGUGGACUGGCUGCACAUGGUUCACGGGCUGAUCUAGGCAUCGACGCGAUUGUCAAUGCCGGCCAUUUCCUCGUGGAGUUCGGUAGAUAUGCGAAGAAAUUGCAAGAAGGCCCAGGCCAUGAAACCCUCGGAACAGGAACUGCACACGCUUCACUGAUUUCCGGCGGCGAAGAGGCAUCGUCGUACCCUGCACAGUGUACCAUCAUCGCAGAGCGCCGAACAAUUCCUGGAGAGACCAAUGAAGCUGUCCAGAAGGAGUUCGACGACAUUAUUGCCAAGGUAGCAAAGGAGGUCACCGACUUCAAGGCAGAAGCCAAGAUCUUCUUCAGCCGCCCGCCCCAGUUCAUAGCGGCAGACCACCCUUUCACCAAGCUCGUCUCCGGCAUUGUAGGCAGUGUUACUGGCAAAGAUGCGGUCAUUGGCGGUGCCCUGUUCUGGACUGAUUGCGCCUUGUUGGCUGAGAAAGGGAUAGUGCCUCUGCUCUGGGGACCAAAGGGAGAGGGACUUCAUGGAAAGGAGGAGUUCGUUCACGUCAAGUCAAUUGAACAAGUGGCUGAGGGAUUGACCAAUAUAGCGGCUGAGUUCUGUAAGUAG